UCCCUUCUUCCCCACUCCGGCGGCGGCGAACCCAAGCCUAGCGAUCGUCGCCAAGUAACCAAGCAAGCGGGAGCGCAGCCGCAAUCAAGAAACCCCAACUGCUUCGCCCCGCUCCGCUCCAGGCCUCAAGGUUGUUGGUAUUUUCCUUUGCCUUCUGCAAUGGACUACACCUCGGAUGGAGAUUCUGAAGUGGAAGCUUAUGGGGCCAGCACUUUUGAGCUUCUGGUAUCAGGAAAUUUAAAGGUGAUGAGUGAGGAAGGCAUGUACCGAUGCCCCUUUUGUUCACAUGAAGGGAAGGAAUACAGCCUAGAUGACCUGCUGCAGCAUGCCUUGGGAGUAGGGGCUGCUUGUGACCUGCAGGCAAAAGAGAAGGCAGACCACCGUGCUCUUGCAAAAUAUUUGAAGAGUAAGCCAGCUGAAUCAUCGUUUGGCUCACUGUCGCAGCCAAUGCUUACGGAUCCACAGGUUCCUCAACAUACCAGAGACGAGCAAUUUGUCUGGCCCUGGAUGGGCAUCCUAGUCAAUAUGCCGAAUGAAUUCUUUGGCAAAAGUGCGAACAGGCUGAAGGAGCAUUUCUCAUCCUUCCAUCCAGUUAAGGUGCAUCCGGUCUAUAACAGAGGUAGUCCCACGCGUGAUGCUGUUGUUGAGUUUGGGAAGGACUGGAGUGGUUUUAGGAACGCACGGGCCUUUGAGAGUCACUUUACAAUGAAAGGGUACAGCAAAAAAUGCUGGAAGGAAAUGAAGUGCGGAGGUACAGAGCCUGUUGGGUGGAUGGCAAGGGCUGAUGAUUACAAUUCUCUUGGGGCAAUAGGCGAGCUACUGAGAAAAAAUGGUGAUCUGAAAACUUUCAGUGAUAUUGAGAAUGACGGGACAAAUAAAACUGACAAACUGAUGGCUAAUUUGGCUUGUCAAGUUAAAGAAAAGGAGAUGCAUUUAGAGAAACUUGAGUCUGAGUGCAACAAUAGAUCUGCAUUGCUUGACACAUUGAUGCAGAAGAGGGAACAACUGGAGCAAUCAUAUACUCGAGAAAUCCUGAAGAUGCGACAGCUUUCUCAACAAAAUAAACAAAGAGUAGUUGAUGAGAACCGGAAGCUACGGUCCGAUCUCCAGGGAAUGAUGGAUGAGCUUUGUACAAGAAACAAACACAUUGAGGAGUUGUCUGCACAGAGUGAGUGCAACAGUAGGGAGCUUGAGUUAGAGAAGCAAAAGAAUGCAUUGAAAGCCAAUCAUCUUAGGUUGGCCGCAGUGGAGCAGCAGAAGGCUGAUGAAAAUGUUAAUAAGAUUAUGGAGAGACAAAAGAGAGAGAAAAAAGCUGUUCUAGGACAGCUUCUGAGGUUGCGCACACAGUUGGAAAAGAAGCUCAAUCUUGAAUUAGACAUAAAGCACUUGAUGGGAAAAUUACAAGUGAUGGAGCUGAAGCCAGGAGAUGAAGAUUCUGAAUCCAGCAAGAGGAUAGAUGAACUAAAAGAGGAGCUCAGUGAGAAGAUCACUGAAAUGAACGAUAUGGAAAGCUUUAACCAAAGUUUAAUUACUAAAGAAAGCAAGAACAGCGAUGAGUUGCGAGAAGCUCGAGAAGUGCUGAUAGAUGCUUUGCAGGGUUUGUCUGGCACCACUAGUUCCCAGACGCAGAUAGGCAUCAAGAGAAUGGGCGAGCUUGGCUCCAAAGCAUUUCUGAACAUGUGCAAGCGAAAAUUUGCUGCAGAGGAUGCUGAAGCUGAAAGCGCUAUCCUUUGUUCAAAGUGGCAGAAUGAAAUUAAAAAUCCAGAAUGGAAUCCUUUCAAAGUUAUUAUGGUUAAUGGGAAUGUGCUGGACGAAGUAAUCAGGGAGGAUGACAAGAAGCUCCAAGAACUGAAGGAGCACAGUGAAGAAGCCUAUGCUGCGGUAACAAAGGCGCUAACUGAGCUGAAGGAGGGCAAUGGCAGGAGGGAACCUUUCCCUGAGCUGUGGAACUACAAGGAGGGGCGGAAAGCGCAGAUGAUGGAAGCGGUUCGGCAUGCUCUGGAGCUGUGGAAAGCAAGCAAGGCGAAGGGCAAGAAAAGGCGUUGACUUUGAGCUCAACGCAGUGGUUCCAUCCUGGUUGAUUCAAGGCCCUAUAAUGAGACUACUGCAGCCCUAUAGACUUGUUAUUCUUAGGCAGAGGUAUAUGCCUAAUAUCUAUUUUGGAGUGCAGUGCAAUGGUAGUUAACCAGUUAACCUGGUGCCUUUUGCUGGAUCUUUAUAUCUAUGUACUCUGAAACCUUGUGUCAAUUCUGAACCAAGGAUGGGCCUAGUGUCAGUAAAACCAUCCUGGUGGUACCCAGUGCGAUGUAAAAAAAAGUUAGUACUAAGUAGAACAAAUGCUGCAAUUCUGCUCCGACCAAUGGUCUAAUCAAGUGCAGAAAUACUGUCCAUCGUUCAGUUAUGUGAUUUACA